AUGCAGGCUACGUCUUCCCUCUGUUAUUUCCUCCUUGCCUCUCUGUGUAUUGAUUUUCUUCACGAUGGGGCCAGCGCGGCCGUCAGGAGGCAGAGGAGGAGGAUGCGCUCCGGGGGCGGCACACACAGGUCUGCCAGGCAGCCGAGGACGAGGCUGCCGGCGCGCGGCCCUGCCGUGCCCAGCGUACCUCUCAUUAACAUCGACGACGGAGUUAUGGGAGUAUUUGACUCGCUCGUAGGUUUGGCUGGACAAGAAUCUAGUUACAGUGUCUUACCAGGAAAGCAGGGGCACUGCACAGCUAAUGGGAUGAUCAUGUACGAUAAAGCUGUGUGGUCCCCCAAGCCCUGCAUCACUUGCCUCUGUUCCAAAGGACAAGUGCUGUGUGAUACCACCAUGUGCCACCCUCUGCAGUGCCGCACCACGGUUAUACCCGAAGGAGAAUGCUGCCCAGUUUGCUCUGAUACUGCUUCUUCCUUGGAUUCAAGUAUUAUUUCAAUGGAUGACCUAACUGAGCUGUCUGGUGAUUCUCCUGAACCAAAUGACCUUGGCGAAGCAGUUAUACGGUCAUCAGUCCACACCCAAGGUGGAAAGGAUGAAGUGAUUAGAACAGGAGGGGUAGAGAUUAAAGAGAUUCUUAAAAUGGAUGAAAAGAAAAGAAAAAGGAAAGGCAAAAAGAAUCGACAAAAGUCUUAUCACAAUAAAGAGAAGCUUAUCAGAGAAAACCAUGAAGAAAGGUCAUCAUAUGAAGAACAACUACAAAAAGAAGAUACAAAUAAAUUGGAUAAAGAAAGAAUAAGAGAGAGAGUUAUAGAACACGAAAUGCAUCACGAAAGCAAUGAAGAUGACCACACUGUACAUGUGCUAAGAGGUAACAACUUCAGAGUGCCAUCUCAUUUCCCAAUUCCUCUUCCUCCCAUAGAAACACCUUUGCCAGCUGGAUGUUCCACCUUGGACACUGCAGUAAGCUGUAUUAAUGCUAAACUUACACAAAUACCACCAAUUUCAGAUCCAGAUCUGACAAGCCUGGACCUUACAGGAAACAGUAUCACUACCAUCCCAGAUGAAGCAUUCAAUGGCAUACCUAAUCUGGAAUGGAUUGAUCUGAGCAAGAAUAAUCUUAGCUCUUCUGGCAUAAGUCCACAAGCAUUCAAAAUCCUGAAAAAGCUAAAACGCUUGUAUUUGGAUGGAAACAUGCUGGUACAUAUUCCCUCUGAAUUACCAUCAACUUUGGAAGAAAUAAAAAUUAAUGACAACCGCCUACAUGCCAUUGAUGAAGACACCUUACAAGAUUUAAAGAACUUGGUCACCUUGGAAUUAGAAGGAAAUAAACUUAGUGAAGCGAACGUCAGUCCUUGGGCCUUCUUUCCUUUGAAAAGUCUCUCUUAUUUACGACUGGGGAGAAAUAAAUUUAGAAUUAUCCCACAAGGCCUUCCCACUUCUAUUCAGGAGUUAUACCUCGAAAAUAAUCAAAUUGAAGAAGUAUCAGAGAUUUGCUUUAACCAUACAAGAAACAUAAAUGUCAUUGUGCUAAAGCAUAACAAAUUAGAAGAAAAUAGAAUAGCACCUUUGGCUUGGAUAAACCAAGAGAACUUGGAGUCAAUAGAUCUCUCUUAUAAUAAGUUAUAUCACGUUCCCUCCUAUCUACCAAAAUCUUUACUGCACCUGGUACUCGUAGGAAAUCAGAUUGAAAGAAUUCCAGGAUAUGUCUUUGGUCAUAUGAAGCCAGGGCUGGAAUAUCUCUACCUAUCCUUUAACAAACUUACCGAUGAUGGACUAGAUCCCGUAUCAUUUUUUGGAGCAUACCGCUCUCUGAGAGAGUUGUUUUUGGAUCAUAACGAAUUAAAGUCUGUGCCAUUUGGAAUUGCAGAAAUGAAAAAAUUACAUUUUCUAAGACUGAACAACAACAAAAUAAGGACAGUCCCUCCAGAACGUAUCUGCAGGACUCAUGCCACUCAUGAUGAUGAUGAUGACGACAACAGUGAAGAGGAGGAAGAUCGAGACUCACGUUUGGAACACCUUCAUCUUGAAAACAACUAUAUCAAGACAAGACAGCUAUCACCACAUGCCUUUUCAUGCAUAAGAUCUUAUUGCAGUGUUGUUCUCAAACCACAGAAGAGCAAAUAAGCAUCAAAUUUUGCAUUGCAAGCCCUAUCUC